AUGAUGGAUAGCAAGGAAAAUGCUCCUCGGAUCAAAAUCGUCGCACCGGAAACGCAGCCUGAAAACGACAACAAUGCUGAUGAGAAGAAUUCUCGAGACUGCGAGUACAAAGUUCAUUCCAGCGUCAUUUGCUCCCAGUCACGAUUUUUCGAAAGGGCAGUAAGGGGGAGAUUUGCGGAAGCAACUACGAAAAGAAUACAUCUCCCGGAGGUGGAUGCCGAUUCUUUGGAAUUAUUAAUUUCAAUUCUAUACGGCUUCGAAUCUACAUAUUCUGCAGAGCUCUGGCCGGAAGGUUAUGAGGAUAUCAGGGGAUUACUUGACGGUGUUGACCAGACAAAUCACUACACUAUACCGACCGAACCUUCAAUAAUCGAUUUUGAAGGCUCCUCGGACAGCUCCCAGGAAAACACAGAAGUGAUUCAGGCGGUUUACCGAUGCGAGACUGGAAACUACACCGAACUCGUCGACGGAAUCUUCGCACUCGUCUUGGACAAUGUGGAUUUAUUGAUUACCGACGAGGACUUUUACGAAGUGGUAGUGGAAAACGGGGAACUCGGAGCAGAAUUGCUUCGACACAUUUUAUUGACGAACAGGAUUGCUGAUUCAGCUUUGGGCAUGCACAGCUCUCUGAUGAAGCUGCACAAUAUUGGGGGGAAGAAGUUGGUGUAUGAAAGGGUAAAAUUGCAGCUGAGAACUCACCACCAGUUGACUCAAUUUUCGGGCCUGGCUAAACCGCCUGUACAGUAG